CCCCCUGCGCACACGUGUAGGUGGCGGGGUUUGGCGUGUGCCGCGCGAAGGUGCUGAAUUCAACAGCAGGGAUGGCGAUGUCUCCGCCUGCGCUGUCAGGGAGGCCUUUGGUGCUGGCGCCGGCCUUGGCCGGUUUGUGGCACGCAGUGCGAGGCCUAGCAGGACAAAGCGAGAGUCGUCAUUGCUUGGCAAAAGCUCACUUUCCUCUGCGGAUCCCAGAGGCAGCUGAGGCCACCCGGGCGGUCAUGGAGAACAGCCGGGCCCCUCCGCCGCUGCGAAGGUUUAUCGCCUGCCCCGACCUGGCGCGUGUUGUGGGCUCCCGGCUAGGUGACUACCAAGGCCUGCAGCUCACCGGCAGGCGCCCGCCACUUAUACUGGAGUGCGAGCCAGGUCCUGGGAUCUUGACCCGAACACUGCUCAAUACUGGUUCCCGAGUGAUAGCACUAGAGAGCAAUAAUGCCUUUCUUCCUGAUCUGGAGUCUCUAAAGAAGAAGUUAGAUGGACAACUGGAAGUGGUGCACUGUGACUUCUUCAGAUUGGACCCUAUUGGUUUUGGAUCAGUGAGGCCUCCUGUUAUGUAUUCUGAGAGACUUCUUGAGAAUUUGGGCAUUCUGCCUGUUCCUUGGACAGCAGAUAUUCCUGUAAAAGUGGUUGGAAUUGUCCCACAAAAAAGAGAAAGGAAUCUACUUUGGAAGCUUGUUUAUGCUUUAUAUGAAUGCAGUUCUAUAUAUAAAUAUGGAAGAGUAGAAUUGAACGUAUUUGUCAGUGAAAAAGAGUACAAGACUCUUGUUGCAAAGCCUGAAGAUCCAAGAAUUUAUCAAGCCCUAAGUGUACUUUGGCAAACAGCCUGUGAUGUUCAGCUUCUGCACAUGGAGCCUUGGUCUUCAUUUUUAACUAAUUCAAGAAAUGGUGGACUUUCCAUACCAAAGAGUGUGCUGCUGCAGAAUGACCACUUAUGCUUAGUACGAAUGACACCUCGGAAGAAUUUAUUUACAGACAGCUUGACAACCACUAAUUCAAGUAUAUUUAUUCUUAUGGUAAAACAAUGUCUUGCUAAAUGCAAAACAAAACUGGUAGACAAAUUAAAUUUAUGGAGUUCUGAGAGUGGGAAGAAGCUGUUGAGACAGCUAGAGAUACCAGAAAAUAUCACAACAGGCAAUUUAUACCCAGAAGAGUACAAACGCCUUUUUGAGGCUAUGGAACACUCUAAUGAAUUUGACCAAAGCUGGCUUUAUCAUUCCUUGGAAGAUAAUAGGGGCAUAAUUUUUUGAACUGAAGCCUGCUUAUUUCAGAAAGCCUCUUUUUGACUUGCAGCAUGAUGCAAAAGAAAAAAAAAUAACUUGAAAUCUUUAGUGAUAAAGAUGAUUUUUGUGCAGAUGACAAUGAUGCCUCUUGAAAAAGACAGACUGUUCAGGUGCAAGCAAUGAGAAUAUGUUUGAUUCUGAGUAGUUUGAAGUUGGCAUUUUCUGGGGUACAAUGAAAAAAACCCUUUGUUGUAAAAAAACCCCAACCUGUUACUGAGGGAACUUGUCUUUAGUCUUUGUAUUGCAUGUGAUUUGCAUUUGGAAAACAGGUCAAAUACGCCAAGCCUAUAGUUGCUUUCAGAGAUAGUAAGAAUGUUGAAUACAGUAUGGGCUCAUGGUAUGCAACCCCCAUUUUUCAGAUUGAAAAAGCAAGAUGUUGCCAAAAUAGCAGUGAGCAAAAGGAGCAAAGCACAGCAGGCACCAACUGCAUUUCCAGUUUAAAGAUUUCCCCCUCCCACUAUGUUGUACUAAACAUGGCAGCAGCUUUGUGAAAAUCCCAUCUUAACAAAAAUAGAUUGCAAUUUAUAGAAAUGGUAUGAGUUAAAAGAUUCCAGUUUUUCUGGCUUCCCACUUCUUGCUACCCUGAAUCCCCUUGAAAUGCCAUUCCUGUAGUUUGUUGGGUCCAUAGGGAACAGUGGGGGAGGCAGCACUGAGUUCAUGCAAGAUUUGGGAGAGAGUGACUUGUGCUGAUUCUCUUUCUCCCUUGCUGCUUCUCCCUGUUCCAUAUCCCUCAUUCCUGAGGAUCCUUCAGCACUUGUGAUUUUUCAGAAGGCGCACUGACAGGCCCUUCCACAAACUCAUUGUUCUGUAGGAUUGAAUACCAGGUAUAUAUAUUGAACAUAUGGUGGUGAUUGUGUUCUCUGAGCAGGGCUUGAACUACUGUGUAAAUUGUAAGAGCUUUGUCUCUAAACCUCUUCCUAAUUUUUGUUACCUUUUAUGUAAAUAUUUGUGUUAAUUUUUAAAUUAAACAUAAAAGUUCAGUAGAAUUCUGUGUCAAUAUAAGAUUACAUCUACAAAGAGGAUAUGGUAUUUAAGCAUUUUAGGUCACUUUUUCCCAUGAGGGAGCCAAACUUGCUUACAAAAACAAAUCUGGGCUGAUCUGGAUCCACCAAGCUGCAUGUGAACCCUGAGCCAAGAGCCCUUUUGGAUUUUGUCCUUCAGCUCACAAAGGUUUGCUCCUCUGGACCUGCUUUGACUAAAUGCCUGCCAAGAAGAACUUAGAUGAGCAUUGGUUGCUGCCAACUUACCUACAGCAAACCAGCAGGAUUUUUUUCUAGUAUCUUCCUACCUACUCAGAAUCACUUGAGUGGUUCUGGUUGCCAUAGGCAAAAAUGGGUUUGAUCCUAUCAUUUCAUUCAAUAAAGUGCUCAACCUUCAUCCAGUGUAGCAAUAAAAACAUUGUGUCAAAUUUUGCAGUUAAAUGCUACCACCAGUGGCUAAAAUUGAUAGCUAUUUUUGUUUCUGUGUUAACAUGAGUUUUUCCCUGAAGGAAGGCUCUAUGCUUAGCUGACGGUAGUAGUAGGAUCCUACCCUUUGUCUCUAUAGGG